AGCAAGGCACAGCUGAAAAACUACUUUACCCAGAAGCUCUUCGUCAAUUUAUGGCGGAUUCUACAGAGCGUGGCUAGCUACUAUCCAAAUAAACAACAAAAUCCAGCUAUAAUAGUACAACAGUUUCCUAUGGCACUUGUGUGAAUAAGUAUUCAUUGAUACGGCACAUCUGCUUCCCAGCUAACGUUAGUGGGUAGAAGAUGCUGCGCAGAAAGCCCACCCGUCUGGAGCUGAAGUUGGACGACACGGAGGAGUUUGAGAGUGUCAAGAAAGAGCUUGAGAGUCGGAAGAAACAGCGAGAUGAGGUGGAUGUUGUUGGCGUGGCGAUGUCGAGUGACAUGGUGGGGGCCGGUAGUGGAACAGGGGAUGGGAAGACACGGGAACAGAUGAUCAAUGAGAGAAUAGGCUACAAGCCCCAUCCUAAACCCAACACCUUGCCAUCGCUCUUUGGAAACCUGCAAUUUUAGGUUCCUAAUGGGCACAUUAGAGACCGCUAAAAUGGUUGGCCCCUCCAGCAUUGGUGUGUGGUUGGCACCGUGACUGCUCUUGACAUGGUCAGGGGUAUUUGUUUACCUGAGAAGUUUCUCUACAAAGAAAUGUGUAUUUUGAGGAUCAUAUUGCAUUCAUAAGUCUAAAGUAAUGUUGCUACAUUUACCUGAAAAGUUAUGACUUGUGAUGCAAAGGGUAGCCUAUUGUACAAUGUCAUGUUUGAUGGGAGGGGUCGUGUACAGUGGUUUCCUCCUUUAUUACAAACAUCCGGACUUGGUAGCAUCUGUGGAAAGACGGAUUAACUGAAUGGACUAACUAAAUCAGUCAUUACUUACAAUGGUAUGAUUGUACUUUUAUUUGCCUUCAAGGCUGUGUUGUCAAGGACAGGAGACUGCAACAGAAUUGAACAAAUACAGUUCUUGAAUGAUA